UUAUUUCAUUUGAGUGGUUCAAAGUGAGUUAUGCGGAAGCUGUCGUUGUCUCCAAUCUCUCUGCAACAAAAUACAGCAGAUUUUUAUUAUAAUCCAUUUGGAACUUUGUUAGAAGAAAAUGUAAUCGAACGGUGGAAUUGCUGCGUAUUUUGUAAAAUCGCUCACGGAAAAGACCCGGAUACUGAUUUGUUAUAUAAGGACAAUAAUUAUGUGGCCUUUCGCAGUAUCAAACCAGCAGCAUCCCAUCACUAUCUCGUUGUCCCAAAAAAUCACAUUAAAGACGCUGUUGGAUUAAAACCUCAUCACAUACCCAUGUUGGAGCAAAUGGAAUACAUCGGAAAAGAAGUUUUGAGCCAACUUGGAGGAGAUCUAAAUUCCAGCAGACUUGGAUAUCAUUGGCCCCCUUUCAUAUCUGUGCCUCAUCUUCACCUACACGUGAUAUCGCCAGAAUGUGAAUUGUCCUCUAGGUCACAUAUCCUUUUCAAACCAGGCACCAGGUGGUUCCGAACAACUAAUCAAGUGAUUUCAAAACUGAAUACAAGGAGUUUAGUGUCAACAUUGUGAAGAAUUUUGGAUCAUGAAAUGUUGAGUGUUCGGCAUUUUUAAUGCUCAAGUGAAGGAAAAUGUGUACUAAUGCUCUUUGUAUAUAUAUAUAUAUUUAAAAUGAUUAUUGAUA